GAUCACAUCAAGACCAACCAACCUCAUAUCCAUCGCAGGUCUCUACAGCAUUUCAGUCCCAUACACGCACAACGACCUUGGAAGACAAAGAAGCUCGAGUUCAUCGACAAAUUCCCUGGUCUGCCGGAGAACUCUCUUAUUUUUCUUUUCUCCCGCAAAUUUUUAGUGCUCUGUGAGAGCAACAGCAUCCAAGAUGUCUGACAAACUUACCCGUAUCGCUAUCAUCAGUACUGACAAGUGCAAGCCAAAGAAAUGCAGACAAGAAUGUAAAAAGUCCUGCCCAGUUGUUCGAAGUGGUCGCCUCUGUAUCGAAGUUACCCCCGAGUCGAAAAUUGCUUUCAUCUCCGAGAAUCUUUGCAUUGGUUGUGGUAUCUGCCCUAAGAAGUGCCCAUUCGGUGCUAUCAACAUUAUCAAUCUGCCAACAAAUUUGGAAUCUCACGUAACUCAUCGAUACUCCGCCAAUAGUUUCAAGUUGCAUCGAUUGCCUACACCACGUCCAGGACAAGUUUUGGGAUUGGUUGGUUCCAACGGUAUUGGAAAGAGUACAGCACUCAAGAUUCUCAGUGGAAAGUUAAAGCCAAAUUUGGGUAGAUAUGAUAACCCACCCGACUGGCAAGAUGUUAUCAAAUACUUCCGUGGUUCUGAAUUGCAAAACUAUUUCACGAAGAUUUUGGAAGACGAUUUGAAAGCAAUUGUGAAGCCCCAAUAUGUUGACAGAAUCCCAAGAGCCAUCAGGGGACCAGAUAAGACAGUUCGAGGUUUGAUCGAAGGUGUUGCAACAAUGGAUAAUUUCAAGGAGGUCUGCGACAUUUUGGAGUUGAAUCACAUCAUGGACCGAGACGUCAAUCUUUUGUCCGGUGGAGAAUUACAAAGAUUCGCCAUUGCAACUGUUUGUGUGCAGCAGGCUGAUGUCUACAUGUUUGAUGAGCCAUCUUCGUACCUAGAUGUAAAGCAACGUCUUAGCGCGGCUCAAAUCAUUCGAUCAUUGUUGAGACCUGAUGAUUACGUUAUUUGCGUUGAGCACGAUCUUUCGGUGUUGGAUUACUUGUCGGACUUCAUCUGCGUUCUGUACGGAAAACCCGCUGUUUACGGUGUUGUCACUCUCCCAGCCUCUGUCAGAGAAGGUAUCAACAUUUUCUUAGAUGGUAACAUUCCAACUGAGAACUUGCGAUUCCGAGAAGAGUCUUUAACUUUCAAGAUUGCCGAGGCUGCCGAUGAGUUCAUGGCAGACAGAUCUCGAGCAUUCCAAUAUCCAUCCAUGGAAAAGACUCUUGGUAAUUUCCACUUGUCUAUCGAGUCAGGAGAUUUCACCGAUUCCGAGAUUGUCGUCAUGAUGGGAGAGAACGGUACUGGUAAGACUACUUUCUGUAAGAUGCUUGCCGGUGCCACUCAACCCGACGGCAACCAAAAAGUUCCAGGUAUGAAGGUCAGUAUGAAGCCUCAAAAGAUCACGCCAAAGUUCGAGGGAACUGUCAGACAGCUCUUCUUCAAGAAGAUCAAGACUGCCUUCCUUCUGCCUCAAUUCCAAACCGACGUUGUCAAGCCUCUCAAGCUCGAAGAAUUUAUCGAUCAAGAAGUUAAGACUUUGUCCGGAGGAGAAUUGCAACGUGUGGCUAUCGUCCUUGCUCUUGGUAUUCCCGCAGACAUAUACCUUAUUGAUGAACCCUCUGCCUACCUCGAUUCCGAACAGCGUAUCAUUGCUGCACGUGUCAUUAAGAGAUUCAUCAUGCACUCGAAGAAGACCGCUUUCAUUGUCGAGCACGAUUUCAUUAUGGCUACUUACCUCGCGGAUCGUGUUAUUGUCUUUGACGGACAGCCUGGUAUCGACGCUCGUGCCAAUACCCCCGAGUCGCUACUCACUGGUUGCAACAAAUUCUUGAAGAACCUCGACGUCACUUUCCGUCGUGAUCCAACCAACUACAGACCUCGUAUCAACAAACUUAACUCCCAAUUGGACCAGGAGCAGAAGUUGAACGGCAACUACUUCUUCUUGGAUGAGGAUGACAAAGCUGCUACUAGUUGAAGAGGUUUUUGAGAAAGAUUCAUUUCCCCCUCCAAAAAAUGCAUUGCAUGGCGUUACGGGGUCGGCAUUUCGGGAGACAAGGAAAAGCGAUGGGCAAGGCAUGGUAAUGGAGGAAGGCUCAUCCGACCAGGAUGAUGAUCCAGGCGGCUAACAAGGGUGGCGGCAGUCUAUCCUCUCGAUGCCUGGUCCUACUUUGAUGAUCACCAAGGUUUGGUGGAUAGAUCAUGCACAGGCUGAUUCAUCAGAAGUAGAUUGAGGGGCAUUGGAAGACGUUGGAUGACAUGUCGUCAAAACAGGUGAAAACAUUUCACGAAUGGCAAUUUUCAAGACGAAGAGGUAUAAUGCAAUAUAAUUGCAAUUCAAUUCUUAGUACAUGGCA